UCCAAUAAAAGAAGAAGCAGGAGAAGCAGCCGCAGAAGAAGAGUGGUUUGUUUACCUUCAUGUCCAUGUCGAGGAGACGCUGCGCUCUCAGCUGUGAGGGGACGUCCUCUCGGUUUUCUCUUCCUAAGGACGAGGAGAUGAAGACUCGCUGGUUGAGAGUGACCUUUGACGCUCCUCCGCCACAGUACAGUCUAUAUCCAGUCCUGUGUUCACGUCACUUCACCGAGGACCCCUUUGCCAAGCGACUGGUCCUGAAGGAUGAUGCACUUCCAACUUUGUUUUUCCCAUUCAUGGGAAUGUUGUGCAGGUUGUACCUUGCGGUCAUGCAUUAUAAUGAAAAUGCAAAGCGCAGGCAAGCGAUAGCAUCCCCAGGACAAACAGUCUUAGUCUUUGUGUUCCUAAAGCCUGUUAAAACAGACCCCACGUACAAUUAUGUUGGGGACUUGAUGAAGCUGGUGUUUGAGGAGGUGUUCGAGGACCCAGUGCCAUUUGUGGAGGAGCUUGAAAAAAUCCCCAUCCCUGAGGAUCUGACAUCCCAGUACGACAGACCCUCAGCGGAGGAAGUGGUCGCUCGACACCAGACUUGCUUCAGUCAAGUGGCGGCACGAAGCCAAUAUAAUGGCCAACCAGACCAGGAAACACUCCUGGUGAAUCCGGAGAACCACACACAAUGGGAUGACUAUCCUGUUGUGACAUCCACUAGCACCAGCUGCCAAAGCAAGAUGUCAAAAUCCCCUUUGGGAAUAGAAUCAGACAUUAUUAGAGUUCUAAAUAAGAAGUUGCCCUUUUGAAUAUUUAUUUAUGAUUUAGUAUUUGUUUAAAAAAAAUAAUUUGGGGAGAAAAUGUAUGUGUCUCAUUUCUUCAUGAGUUUUACUCAUUCAUGAAGAAAUGAUGAUGAAAACAUUACUGUAUCUGUGAAGAUUCUUAUUCAUCCAGGUCGUGGUAUCUUCAGGAAAGUGUAUGUAGCCAACUGGACUUGCUUGUUUUUCUUGAAGACGUUUUGUACGUCUCAUCCAAAUGGCGUAUUCACUCUGAGAUCUAACUGUGUCCAGUUGCCUACAUACUGUACACCUGUACAACUUCUGAAGAUACCAUGGCAGUUUUUAUGUUCUGCAGUUGGAUCUCAUGACAGAAAUCAACAAUUAAUAAACAUACUCCUCUUCUG